CCGUAGCCCGCGCCGUUGCCAGGGGAACGGGCCCGCGCCGGACUAGGCCCAGCCCGUCUCAGCCUCGCCCCGCGAUACAGCCAGCCCGCUCGAGCCGGAGCCGGAGGACUUGCGGGCCUAACCUCCCCCGCGCGGCCCGGGAUGGGGCCCCGAUCCGGGGCGCACCGCCUCCGGGUCUCGGGGAGCGUCUCCGCUGCGAGAGUCUGAAGCGCCGCCGCCCUGGGGUGGGUGGACGGCCAGGCGUGGGGGCUGAGCCGCUGAGUGACCUUGGCAAGGCCGACCUGGCUCGGUCGACGACGCGCAGUGCCUAAACUUACUCACCUGGCCUCCUGUGAUCACCUUGUUACUGAAUCAAAGUCGGAUCUGCUUGCCCAACACGUAGCAAAGCCAAUCUGCUGACACCAGGCUGUGGUGAAGAUGUUUUCAAGUCAGAAAACAUUUACUGAGCACCAACUGUGUACAAGAUGAACAUCUGCAACAAGCCCUCUAACAAGACAGCCCCUGAGAAGAAUGUGUGGACAGCACCUGCACAGGCCAGCGGACCCUCCCCGGAGCUGCAGGGCCAGCGGUCCCGCCGGAAUGGGUGGAGCUGGCCCCCUCACCCGCUCCAGAUUGUGGCCUGGCUGCUGUACCUCUUCUUUGCUGUGAUUGGCUUUGGGGUCCUUGUUCCCCUCCUGCCUCACCACUGGGUGCCUGCUGGCUAUGCUUGCAUGGGCGCCAUCUUUGCUGGUCACCUCGUGGUGCACCUGACUGCUGUUUCCAUCGACCCAGCAGAUGCCAAUGUGCGGGACAAGAGCUAUGCUGGGCCCCUGCCCAUCUUCAACCGCAGCCAACAUGCACACGUCAUUGAAGACCUGCACUGCAACUUGUGCGACGUGGAUGUGAGUGCUCGUUCCAAGCACUGCAGCGCCUGCAACAAAUGCGUGUGCGGCUUCGACCACCACUGCAAGUGGCUCAACAACUGCGUGGGCGAGAGGAACUACCGGCUCUUUCUACACAGUGUGGCAUCUGCCUUACUGGGCGUCCUGCUCCUCGUGCUGGUGGCCACUUAUGUCUUUGUGGAGUUCUUUGUCAACCCCAUGCAGCUGCGUACCAACCGCCACUUUGAAGUCUGCCUGUGCCUUGCAGUCUUGAAGAAUCACACAGAUGUGUGGUUCGUGUUCCUGCCUGCUGCCCCUGUGGAGACACAGGCUCCUGCCAUCCUGGCUCUGGCUGCCCUUCUCAUCCUUCUGGGCCUGCUCUCCACAGCCCUGCUCGGCCACCUGCUCUGCUUCCACAUUUAUCUCAUGUGGCACAAGCUCACCACCUAUGAAUACAUCGUGCAGCAUCGUCCGCCCCAGGAGGCAAAGGGGGCCCACAGGGAGCUUGAGUCAUGUCCCCCCAGGAUGCGGCCCAUUCAGGAGAUGGAGUUCUACAUGCGGACCUUCAGCCAUGUGCGCCCAGAGCCCCCUGGCCAGGCCAGGCCUGCCUCAGUGAAUGCUAACUCCUCCCGGUUCCUUGCCACCCGCGGCCACGUGGAGCCUCCACCGCCCUCCUCCCCAGAGACUCUCGCUCUGCCCCCCCGGAUCCGACCCCAGAAAAAAAGGAAGCGGCGCAUGUAUAAGGUACGGACCUCCAGAACCUUGGACCGGGAGGCCCCGUUGCCCAGGCUGCCGGGUGAGCGCCCCUUCCUGACCGGAUCCUGCUCGGGGAACUACGAGGGAGGGAAAGGAACAGCCACGAGGGAGAAGCCGGGUGGCAUGGCAGCGAGCACAGAUGUGGCUGGGCUGGAGGAAAGCUUCCGCAAGUUUGCCAUCCAUGGUGAUCCCAAGGCCAGUGGGCACGAGCUGAAUGGCAAGAACUGGGCCAAGCUGUGCAAGGACUGCAAGGUGGCUGACGGAAAGGCUGUGACAGGGACCGAUGUCGACAUCGUCUUCUCCAAAGUCAAGGGGAAGUCUGCCCGGGUCAUCAACUAUGAGGAGUUCAAGAAGGCCCUAGAAGAGCUGGCACCCAAGCGAUUCAAGGGGAAGAGCAAGGAGGAGGCCUUUGAUGCCAUCUGCCAGCUGGUGGCAGGCAAGGAACCAGCCAAUGUGGGUGUUACUAAAGCAAAAACAGGGGGUGCUGUGGAACGCCUGACUGACACCAGCAAGUACACGGGCUCGCACAAGGAACGCUUCGAUGAGAGCGGCAAGGGCAAGGGCAUUGCUGGGCGGCAGGACAUCCUGGAUGACAGUGGCUAUGUGAGUGCCUACAAGAAUGCAGGUACCUAUGAUGCCAAGGUGAAGAAGUGAGGCCUGGGAAGGCCCCCCCUAGCACGGCUGCCCCUGCCAGAGGCUCAGGCCUGCGCCUAAGGGGCAUGUGGAGCAAGAGAGCCCGGUCCCCUCCUUGCUGGAUCUGCCGCCCAGCGCUUCCUGCCCAGCCCUAUGGGGCCAGCCCACCAGACCUCUGACCCAGAUUGCUCUGCAUCCCCUUCCCCUUUUUCUUUCCCCCUCGACUUCUGUCUGUCUGAGGAGAGUCUGUGCCUAUAGCCUCACCACCCCAACCUCACCCCGGGCAUGGCUAACCCCUGCCUGCUUGCCUCAUAUUUAAGCUGCUGCUCUGGCCAAGUGCCUAAUUCUUACCCGGACCUCAAUAAAGCCACCUUUUGUACCAAUAUGGCCUGGUCAGGUAUAUGACAAGGGUAAUGACAUUCACACCCCACGACCCCUCUGUCAUCAACCCCUUCCAAGUCGCACUCUGCUGAUUCUUCCACUGGCAUCCCUGCCCAGAAAAAGACACACACCAGGCCCCUUCCAUUAGCACAGGGCCAGGCUGAAUGAGGAUGCUCUAUAGGAAAAUCAAAAGCCUUUUACCUCAGCCCUGACCUAGAGUUCUGACAUCAUGGCUAUCUUCCCGCAAUUAGGGCCUCAGUCUUGGCCUCUCGGCUUUCACAGCAGGUGGGGGCGAUGAGACAGCAAACUCAGACUGGGCUAAGCAUUGGUGGGGCCCAGUGCCAGGCCUCAGCUCUAAGCUUGCUGACAGGCCUCCACUCCAGAGGGCUACCAAGGUGAGUCAUUCUGGGCUGCAUCUCAGAAUAUCAGAAAAUGCAAGACAGCAGACAGUAGACAGUUCAACUCCCAAUUUUAUAGCUGAGGAAACUCAGGCCCAGAGAGUGAAAGGGCCUCUGCAGAAUAGAGGCCAGAACCAUGCCUCUUGCCUCCCUGGCCAGGCUGUUUCUAACACAGCAAGCCCCAACGCUGAUUUCCAAAAGUGAGGCUGGAUGGCCAGCAAUAGAACUUGGCACCCAACAUCAGCCUUUGACAGGUGAGCAGGGUGUCCAACAGUGAAGGGGCCUCUUCUUGCUGAUUCCCUCCCAUCUGUUCAUCAUCCCAGGUUGCAGGGCGGUGGCGGGGAGGGUGUCCUCUCUCUGAUCCUGAGAACUCCCGGGAGCUUUCAGAUCACCCUUUUCUCCCCUCUGAGGUUCUCAGUGUUAGGCCAGAGUUAUUCCCAAGUCUAAGGCUUUGGGGCCAACUCUCCCUCCUUCCUGCUGACAAGUGGGCUGGAUGGAACUCACGGACUGCCCAGAGUCCCUAAGAGUGCUAGAAAAGGCUCAAAAGGCACACAUUCACAAAUAUUUUUUCUUGACCCAGAUAAUAAAGCAAAGCAGCACGACUGUUUAUUCCCUCUCCCUCGGGCUGUUCUAGGACGUUCUUGCCCCAGGUGGCCCCGGAGUCCCUUGAGCCCAAACUCACUUGGAGCGAGGGUAAAGAGUGGUAGUGUGGCUUGGAACAGAGACGCUGGGGGGUGAGGUGAGAAUUAGAGAGCAGAGAUCAUCACCUGGUCACAGCAGAGGCUUGCCUAAUGGCUGACAGUUGUGGGAUCCUCCUGACUCCGCUGACCUUGCAUUGCUCAGGGAAGAGUUUCAGACAGCUCUACCUCUCCCACCAGCAUACAGUAAGAGGAAUACUUCCUCCAGCCCUGGGGAAUUGGUUUAAAUUGCAAGCUUACUUAAAUUAGCAUAAUAGGAGAGAAACCCAAAUCCUGCAAAUUGGCCUGGUCCAGGUUAUUAAGCUUUUAAGCUGCAGGUGAGAUUACCAUCCAGUGCGCAUGGGAGCAGCAGUUUGGCCCCUCCUAUGAUUGGCAGUGUGGCUUAGAGGAGCCCAGAGAGAGAACUGGAGGAGUCCUGAAACUCCACCUUGUAGGAGUAAAGCCUCCUCUUCUUUAAAAGUUAUGGAGCCUGAGGGAAAUCAAGGCCCACCCAGAGCCAGGAAGACCCUUAGUCUAGCAGAAUCUGGUUCAUGGCAGGAACUGACCAAACAAUGCCACUUCAGCCCUUCAGUUAUCACUGCUCCAUCUCCCCAUAGCCUCCUCAUAGUGGAAAGCUUUGGGUACCCUUGCUAGCAAAGCCAGUUGGGCAAGGAAGAGAAGUUAGGAUCUGUGGGAUGGAGCCAUUAAAACCCUCUAUGUAUAACUGGCGGGAAGGCCAAACCUCAGAGGGGGCCCUGCCUCUCCUUUUGGAGAACUUCCCUGAGGACCUAUUUUCCAUCCCAGCCUUGUUUCCUUCUUUCUCCUAAUAGUGCCAGGCCCAGGGUGAGGAAUUCUUGUCCACUUAUUUUCUACUUGCUUCAGGGGUCUUCCCCCACUCCAUGUUGAGCCCACUUAGCCCCAUAGGGCAACAGCUCUUUGGCUCUUCCCUUGAUGCCACCAAUCCCUACCCCUGCCCUCUGGACCAAGGGCCACACAGUGAAAAUCAGAAACACAGUUGACCUCUGCAUGAGUGGCCAGCAACCCUAGAGAGGGGCCUGGCCUAGGGUAGGACCAGCCACUUUCAGUGACAAUAGAAAAUAGAGUGGAAGGUGACUUAGUCUGGGUCAGGCUCUUUGCUUCUCCUUAGAGGUACCCUGAAUAGGUUCUGGGCUAGCAUUCAUAGGAGAUUCAUAGGAGAAGGAAGGGAGGGCUGGGUUGUAGAAAGAAGUCCGUUAUCCCUGCCCCCACCUCCCCUAGCCCCCAUCGGCUGUCCAGUAAGUUGGCCUGUGCACUGGGCUGGGAUGGUGAAAUAUGACAACGCAGGGCUAUGAGGCUACUAGCUAAGGCGACCCUACCUGGGCAAGGCUUAGGCUCUUUGGAGGCCUCUCAAUGGGGCCAAGACAGGCCCAUGAGAGCGGGGAGGGGGGCUGUCCUUACUGACACUUCCAGAGAAAACGAGCUGACUCUAGCUCCCUCAGAGCCAUGCAGCUCAAAGAAACUUAUGGCUCCUCUGUGCAUGCUCCUUUUGGGAACCUACAUAAAAUUGAGAGAUCUGUAGAUUUUAUUUAUAACUUAGAGAUGUGUGAUCUUAGUUGUGAUCUUCAUGUCUCAUUAUUACAGCAAUAGCUCUCCUUCCCUGCACAGCACCUGGGUCAGGGGAGCAAAUAAGUGCCUAAUCUUUCCACCUGCCUCUCUCUCUGACAUGACCCUGAAGAUGAAGAGAAGUACAAUAUGACAUUAGGUUAAACAGUCCUUUGCCCUGUAAAGCUCUCUGGCAACAUUAGCUACUUGUGCAACCUUGAAGUAGAGACAUACCUAGAGCCACUUGCAUUAUCUUUUCCCAUUGAUGCCUAAUCAAUCAGGAUUAAAGAAAAGAUUGAUCCUCAGUCUGAAAUACAAGGUACUGACAUGUAAAGUGGAUGCUGAGCCCAAAGCUAACUUUCAGAAGCCACACCUCUGGUCUGGACUGCACUAGCCUUCUCUCUUAUCUCUCUAGCUCCUCUCUGGUCCACUCCACAUGGCCAGAGGUCAAUCUACUCUUCUUAUAGAGUAGAUUGCCUUCCCAAUCUAAAAUCUUUUGGGAGCCAUGCGACCUAGCUCCUGUGUAUCUCCUCUCAGGCCCUCCAUUCCCUGAAUGAACCAUGUUCCUUCCCAUUUCAUGGCCAUUGCUUAUGCUAUUUCUCUCUGCACCUCUCCCCACUGCCUCUGCCCUCAAUCCUAUGCUUUGCCUGGUGACCUCCUAUUCAAUUCUUCAGGUCUUGGUUGAAAGAUCAUUUCUAUAGGGGACAUUUUCCUGAUAUCACACCUCCCUCCCAGGCUAGGACAGGUCCCCCAGUUAUAUACUGUCAUAGCACCAUGGCCUACAUCUUCCCUGCCCGGUGAUCCCUCUGGGGGCCUGACUCUCCUACUCUGUACUCUUCGCCUAGGAGGCUCUGCACCCCCUCUACCUGGUACCAUUGUACUCAUUCUGCCAAGCUUCCACUCAAACAAGUCCUCACUGAUGCCUUCUCCAAUUCUCCAGAGUAGGAAUUACCUACUCUGUCUGUCUUUCCGGGAUCUCUCUAGGCUUUUAUUUAGGCCUGUUUGGUACCAAUGGCAAGCUUUGAGCUCCAUCACACAACUAAACCGUUGGCUGCUCCAGGAAGACACCAGACCUUGUCACCUUUUCACUAUGGUGGGAGAAAACCCAAAACACGUUUGAUGAACUGAUCAAUAGAGGUUCUCCAAAAUUUCUGCUAACACAAAACAUACCUGGCCAUGGAUAUUCUUUUUAAACUUCCUACACAGUUUCAACUGACACUUGGGAAAAAUGUCUAGUGUUCUUUUCUUUUUGACAUUUUCAGCCAAACGUUUCUAUGUGAUAUGAUGCCUAGGACUAAGUGCCAACUAUUUAUGUGGGCAGAAGGAAAGAAAGACUUGAUGGGAGGAGAUAAAAAGAAAUAAAAAGGACCAACAUAGUCUAAUUAAAAUAAGAUUUUUUUCUUAAUCUUGUGAGUGAAUACCACCAUACUAGUGGCAAUGACACUGAGAGCCCCCUGGGGCUGAGAGGGAAGCUGCAAAAAAGGUGUGCAGUGCUAGCUCCAUAGACUAGGCUCUGGGACAGAGUCUGAAACACUCUGUAUUAGAUACUAACCCGUAUCAUGUGCCACUGGUGAGGAGGAAGACAGAGUGCUUUUCCCAAAGGGCGAUGAUCUCCCCAAAUGAUGACUCUUCUCAGGAGGCAGGAGUGCUUUCCCAGAAUAACCUUUUUGCUCUUUAGUCAGCUGCUGCAGCAGAUACUCAUUAGUUACCACCAGGGAUCUGAGGCAUGGGGGAAAAAGACAGUCAUGAAGUCAUAAAAGCAAAGUAGUUGCCAUUCUGACCUGAAAUGUUUGCUAAAGAUAAAUGUAAAAAAAUAAAUAAAUAAAAAUUAAAAAAUAAAUGUAAAAUGAAGUAACAUCUUUAAAUAGAAAGAACUGUCUGAUUUAUGAGUUGGUUAUUUUAAAAGCAGGCAGACAGUUUAUUUAUUCAUUGCAGUUCUGUUUACGUUCCAGACUGACUGUAGCAAUAACAUAGUUCACAUUUUAUAUAGUGAUUGUUCUGAUCUUUCCAAAGCACUUUCAUGAUGAAGUAA